AUGGCGAAGAAGUGUGUUCACAAGGGCUGUGGCAAGACGUACGAAGACGAGAACGAGGAGUGUGUUUACCAUCCAGGCCCACCCAAAUUCCAUGAGGGGCAGAAAGGCUGGGAAUGCUGUAAACCUCGCGUCUUGACCUUUGACGAGUUCCUCGCAAUCGAGCCAUGCACCAAAGGCAAGCACUCUGACGUAGACGACACACCCAAGCCAGAGCCUGUCGAGGCGCCCGACGUACCCAAUGGCACUCAAGUCAACCUGGGUUCGCUCGAGGAAUCCCUCCCUGCGCCUGCGCCUCGACUACCUACCGCACAAGCCACACCCAAGCCCACAGCUUCGCCCGCCCCACCGCCAGAGUCCGAAGACGACGAUCCGAGUAUAGCGAUCAAGGAGGGUUCGACAUGCAGGCGGAAAGGAUGCGGUGCCGUAUACAAAGAAGGCAACAGGGAAGGCGAGAGCUGCAUACAUCACCCCGGUGCGCCCAUCUUCCACGAGGGCAGCAAGGGUUGGAGUUGCUGUAAGAGGAGGGUAAUGGAGUUUGAUCAGUUCAUGAAGAUCGAGGGCUGCAAGACAAAGGAUAGACAUCUGUUCGUAGGUAGUGGCAAGAAGAAAGAAGGCGAGGAGAAGCUAGAGACAGUUCGACACGAUUACUACCAAACCGCAACCUCAGUUGUCGCCUCCCUAUACCUCAAGAAGAUCGACAAAGCCACAGCUGUCGUCGACUUCCAACCCACACACGUAAAACUCGAUCUACCUACAAUGGACAGCAAGCGUUACCAGACCGAGUUCCCCCUCUUCUCGACCAUCAAACCAGAGGAGAGCAAAUUCAGGAUACUUGGCACAAAACUCGAGAUGACGCUAGUCAAGGCGGACGGAGCCAGCUGGCCGGUUCUAAGGAGCGACGACAAACCUACUGGGGAGAUGAUCCAGGUGGGUAGGGCGGGCAGGGCGUAG